AUAAAGCUAGAGAAAGUUUGCUUAUGUUCUUAUCACGCUUGUUAGCCGUAGCUGUUGUAGUUCUGACAUACUGUUUAGGUAACCACGUGAAGUGUACAUGCUUUUCACGAUUCAUGUUUUUAAAGAAACAUAUUUUAAGUCCAGUUUGACUGUUUGACAGUUAGUUACUGUCAAACAGUAACUAGGAGCUGCAGGUGGUUUAUUGCUAGCUAACCCUGAAACACUAAGUGAAGUCACAUUAAAUUGGCUUGGGCAUCUCUACAGUAUGCAGGUUAUCUGGCUGUAUGGGGGUGCAUGGUCUGACGAGCUAUGUGGAGGGCAACAGAGAAUUCUUUCAGGACGUGAGGUUCAAGGAGAGUCGGCUGAUCAUCGACGGAUGUAGUCUGUUUUUUCGGCUGUACUUUAAUUAUGGGUUGGACCAGCAACAUGGAGGAGAUUAUGAUGCUUUCUCUGGCCUGCUCUCUGAGUUUCUGUCAGCGCUGUCUGCCUGCAGGAUACAGCCCUACGUGGUGCUGGACGGAGGUAUGGAUGCCAGUGAUAAGAAGUUCUCCACCCUGAGGCAGCGCCUGCAGAGCAAGAUCAAAGAGGCGGACUCGUUGGCCCACGGUCGCCAUGCCUCAGUCCUCCCGCUCCUCACCAGUCGUGUCUUCGUCCAGGUCCUCUCCCAGCAAGGUGUACCAUUGGUUCAGUGCCCGGCCGAAGCAGACCUGGAGAUUGCUUGUCUGGCCAAUGAGUGGGGCUGCCCAGUUCUGACCAAUGACAGCGACUUUUUCAUUUUUGACCUGCCAGGUGGCUAUCUGCCAUUCCGUUUCUUCCAGUGGACUAACGUGAAUGGAAAAGGCCCAGACCGGUUCAUCUCUGCUCGCCGCUACACCGUUAACAGGUUGUGCAAGCGCUUCGGUGGCAUGAACCGAGAGCUGCUUCCUCUGUGCGCCGUGCUGGCUGGUAACGACUACGCCACGCCCAAGGGCACAGACACGCUCCUCUCCCUGCUGAACCUGAGCAGGGCGGGGGGGGGCGGGGGACAGCGGAAGACCCCCCCGCCUCUUAUUGAGGGCCUCCUCAUCUGGCUGUCCUCCUUCAGAGGGGUGGGGGAGGUGCUGGACGAGGUGAGGAGGGUGAUGGGGGGAGGUGGGAGGGGUGGAAGGGGAGGUGGAGGAGGGAGCAAUGACCUCAGCUCCCUCCUAUUGGAGGGUAUGAAGGAGUACCACCUGACCCCACACAGCUCUCUGGCUCGGUGGUUCUCAGGAGUUCCGGAGGUACCACCGGGGGGGCCGACUGCUGGCUCUACCCCAACGCCAGAGUGGUUUUCCAGGGCAGCGUGGCGUGGAGCGCUGUCAUCAAUGUUGCUGGACGUCCUGAUGCUCAGAAGGGUCCUGCUCAUGCCACAGGUGGAGAACAGCCGACUACCCAGCAGCCACUGCACCGCACAAGCCAUACGGCAGGCUCUGUAUGGGAUCCUCCUUCAGGGGGACCCACCAGAGGGCGCCAAGCAGGGGGAACUAAACAGGAAAGGGGUCUUAGGCUUAGGAAAGAGAGGUGGGAGGGGGCGGGGGGAGAGAGGGAGGGGUGUUGGUCAGGGUGGUGUGGGUCGGGGGCAGGAACAGGGGUGUUGGGGGAAAGAAAACCAGGUGGGACCUCAGGGGUGUGGUGGGGGAGGGGUGGGUAGUGGCGGGAGUGCUCUGCCCCCUGUCUGUGUGGAGGAGUAUGACAGGCAGGAGCUGAACCUGAGGCGGAGUCAGGUGAAGUCCGAGCCACCCAGGACCCAGCUGCACUUGGACACUCUUGACAAGGCUCCUCUCCCUCAGCGACUGGGGGUCCUGUAUGAGGUGUUGAGGGUGAACCCGUCAGCCCUGACCGGGGUGCCUCCUCACCUCAGACUGCCUGUGGCCGUAACAGGCUUCUGGAUGAGAGAGGCAAGCUCUGCUCCCUCUCUGCCCCAGCUACAGGCUCUGCUGCUGGGCAUGAUCCAUGGGGAGGUGGCCCGUAACAACCAGCCUGGAGUUGGCCAGACAGCAGAGCAAAACAUCUGGGCGGGCCUGGAACGACAGCGUAUGCGGCAGGGGGAGAGGCGUGGCCUGGAUAUGGGAGUAGCUCACUGUUUCAGCCAAUGGCAAGCCUGCCUCUGGAGCACGCUCUGUCUGAACCAGGUGCUGUGUCUCCCCCUGCCAGAACCCUGCAUUGCUUGGUUGUUCAGUGGCACUUUGGUGCAUGGGUUAGUUCGUUGUCUCAAGGGGGGUCGCCCUGCUGAGUCUUUCCUGGUCGGGGCUCCUCACUCUUGGCAGCUUUACUGCUCCCUGCUGGCUGCAGUGGGGAACUGCAACACUGGAACCAUACCCGCCUUCCCUUCAUCAGAGAGGGGUAGGAGGAGGGGGGGGAGUCAGCAGGGGGGCAGAGGGAGGGGGAGAAGAGGAGGAAGAGGAGGACGAGGAGGUGGACAGAGAGGUCCUCCCUCACAGGAGAUCAACAACCGCUUUGCUCUGCUGAUGAGUGAGGAAGAAGAAAAUAAUUAUGAAUAAUACUCACAAUGCACUUUUUUAAAUGUAUAAACUUAAUUCCUGCAUUAUUUUUAACCUGUCAGUUUCAGCGAGGGGUUUAUGUAGCAUGUAAAGCUUUUAUUGGGGAAAAGCAGAUGAUGUUCUGCAGAGGAGAGGAGACAGUAAACUGAUGCCUUUUUAUUGUCCGUGAAGACAUGAACUAGCUUCUAAAGCUGCUCAAGUCAUCUCAACAACCACCUCUAUGGUCUUCUAUUUUAUGCAGCUGCCUUCAUAUUGUAAUGAAAUCUAUAAAUCUAUUGAAACUCGCAAUUUUUAAAAUAAUUUUUACUUAUAGAUUUUGUACUUGGUAUUGUUUUUUUUUAAGAUGCAAUCAACUCCAGAAUUAUUGGCACUCCUGGCAAAGAUAAAUAAACAUUUAUUUAGAUCAAUGUCACAUUGGAAGAAAAAAAAGAGAACCGACAUUCAAUUGAAGUAUAUUUAUUUUGGAGAAAAAAAAGAAUCUGUUUGAUUCUUUUUAAUGAAACCAUUUGUGCCACAAUUAUUGGCACUCCUACAGUUCUUGCUUUGUACAACCUCUCUUUGUCAAUUAAACAGCACUAAGUCUU